UGUGAAAAAGAAAAUUACUGUGCGCUGAUGUCACGGAGAUCGCCUUCCUCCCGUGUUUUCAUAUCUAAACGUACUUCCUCCCGUCUUUCAUAUCUCAGCAAAGAAAUUAGACCGCCUAUCCUCAAAGAAAACAUCAAACCCUAAUCCUCACUCCCUCAACCAUAUGCAAAAUAUCUCUUCAAAAAAAAAUGGACAAACCCUCCACCUCCGGUGCAUCAAAGAAACCUUCUGCCGGACGACAGGUUCAGUUGAUCCCUACAACUCCAUGACCCGAAGGCACAACACCUCCAACUGCACAACCAGUACUGAUUCCGAACGUGGGUACAUCACAGCCGCUGGAGACGUCUGCUGGCAACUUGUACUCCGACAUCAUCAGAGAGGUGAUGUCAAAAUUAAGGAAUUUUGGAACCACUGCGGAGGAGAAAAGCUCGAGUGAAAGUUCGAGCGAGACUGCAAUACAAUCAGGUACCCAGACAAGCCCUACAUCGUCGUCUUCACUCCGAUUCAGCACAAACAAUGAAGCGCGAGUAGAGGAAAACCAGGGGAGGAAGAAACCGGGUCGGACGUAUGAAGAAAUCGCCGCUGAAGUAAUUAGGGAGAUGCGAGAAACUGAGGCGAGGGAGGAGGAAAAAUCAAAGGAGAAACAUGAAGCUGAGGAGCCACUGCGAGUUCCUGCAGAGGAGGCGAACAAGGCACCCCAGGAAGAUCCAAUUCGGGAGAUUCUCGACCUAACAGAGACAGACGAGGAGGGGGUAGCUGCGUCUGAUGAAUGGAGGAACCAAAUGGAGGACACAGUGAACUUGCUGAUAGCAGAGAAUGCUGAGCAAAAUGGCAUACUGAAGGCUCAAAGGGAGCAAAUGACCAAAAUGGUCGACUUGGUGGAUAGAGUCAUCUCUUGGAUGGACAGGGAGACUCAAUCAUCCACCAACCCUCACCAGCGGUCUCAGCAGUAGGACGCAGUGUACCUCAACAGAAUGUGCAGAAUACUAAUCUUGCAGGAACAUCGAGGAAAAGAAAGCCAACCACCCUCUGCAGAUUCUGCCUCAUCUGCAGCAAAGAGGACCAGGCACUUUGGCUCCCGCGGGAGCCAGAAAAAGAACUAAGCUAGCCGAACCAGGUGUUCGAUUAAGUCAAGUUGAUCAGUUUGAAUUUCCACUGGAUCCACUCACCGGCAUUCGCAAGUAAAAGGCAUACAUUGGCCAGCUAGAUCAGUUUGACAAUCUAACUUGAGCAGUCCAUAACGAUG